AUGACAAAUGCAUUGAUUUAUAUGUUGGUGAAAGACAACAUGCCGCUUUCUUCCACUGAAAAAGAUGGUUUCAACUACUUCAUAAAAAAAGCUCUGCCAUUGUAUAAAGCACCAUCAAGAAAGACAAUAACUAAACUUAUUAGUUCCAAGUACGAUGUAUUAUCGGGUCAAAUAAAAAAUAAAUUAUCUCUGGUGGAAAGUAUCACACUUACUACAGACAUAUGGACAGAUACUAUCAAUACCAAAAGUUAUCUAUAUGUAAGUUAUCUGUUAUAUAUAGUUAUCUGUAUUACAGUUCAUUAUCUAAGUUUCUGCAAAUUAAAUUUAGAAAGUGUGGUACUUGGAGUGUUAGAACUUGAUGAGCGUCAUACAUCUGAAAAUAUUGCCAAGUGGCUGGACAGUGCUCUUCAGGAAUGGGGUAUUGAAAAACGUCAAAUUUUUUUGGUCGUAACUGACAAUGGUGCUAAUAUUAAAAACGCUGUGAGCGUGUGUUUUGGUAAGGAUAAACAUUUGCCAUGCUUCGCACAUACGAUAAAUCUUGUAGUACAAAACGCAUUGGGCAACACUGACAAUAUUGCUACUUUAAUAAAUAAGGUAAAACAUUUAGUUACAUUUUUCAAGCAAUGUGUAUCUGCAUCUGACGAGCUGCAUAAAGUCUGUGCAUUUAAAUUAAAGCAAUCAGUUUCAACAAGGUGGAAUUCUGUGUAUUAUAUGUUAGACAGGUUUAUUAAUUGUUCUGACCAUGUAGCAUCUAUUAUCGUGAAGUUCCCUAAAGGUCCUACCAUGAUAACUGGUUCUGAGCUGUUUAUUGCUAAAGAAAUCAUGCAUCUACUAAAACCUUUCGAAGCUGCUACUAAAGAAUUAUGUGAACAAAAAUAUAUAACAGGUAGUAAAAUUAUCCCAUUGAUGCAUUGCUUGAUAAAAAAAAUUGAAUCAGUAGAAGUGAAUAGUGUUGUUGCUUCGAAUUUAAGUAACAAUUUACAAACCAGAUUUGGUAGAGUAGAGUAUGUGAAAAUUCUUUCCAUAGCCACAAUUCGUGAUCCCCGUUUUAAAACCUUACAUUCCAAUAGUGCAGUGGCUUCUUCAAAAUCCAUCAAUGCAAUUAAAAAAAAAAUUUUAGAACUUAGAACAGACUCCAGUGAAACCAGUUCACAUAAUGAAAGUUCUUCUGAAGAUGGCCCAGAUAGCUUAUGGGCAGUACAUAAACAGUUAGUGUCAAAAAAAGCCUUAACUGAACCAAGCUUAAAUGUCAACGAAAUGCCUACAGAUCUUAAACAUUACUUAAACCAACCGACAGUGCCAUUAACUGAUAAUGUUUUAAGUUUUUGGGAUAUUCAUGGACCCAUUUAUCCUCAUUUAAAAAAAAUUGUAGAUCCUUAUUUAGGAAUGGUAGCUACUUCUGUACCUUCGGAGCGUUUUUUUUCUAAAGCAGGUCAAGUUAUGACUGAUAGUCGUAACAGGUUAACAGGUGAUAACCUUAAUAAACUCCUUUUUCUUGGAUCACUGUCAGUAAAUGAUUGGCAAUUAGAAUAA